UAUAUCUUUCUUUGUAGAGAGAAACAAGCCUUGAAUUAUAUCCAACCAUGGAUUCCCCGCGAACGAGCUCUUUGACGGUCGGCGAGCGGCUCUGUGCGGCGUUUAUACCGUUUCUAGGGAUAAUCGAGGUUUUCAUAUUGGCUAUGGCGGAUUGCUUCGAGUGCAGGCCGAGCCCCAAGAAACGCGGGUACGGCUCCGAAGAUCAUGCUCGCCUCGCUAAUGAAACCAUCUUUACUCUCACUGAAGUGGAGGCAUUGUUCGAGUUGUAUAAGAAGUUGAGCAGUUCAAUUAUUGAUGACGGGUUGAUUCAAAAGGAAGAGCUUCAAUUUGCACUAUUCAAAACUCCAUAUGGUGAGAGUCUUUUUGUAGACCGGGUUUUUGAUCUUUUCGAUGAAAAGAAAGAUGGCGUUAUUGAAUUUGAGGAAUUUGUCCAUGCACUCAAUGUCUUCCAUCCCUAUGCUCCCAUGGAAGAAAAAAUUGAUUUUGCAUUUAGGCUGUAUGAUCUAAGACAAACUGGGUUUAUCGAGCGAGAAGAGGUUAGGCAAAUGGUAAUUGCCAUUUUGAUGGAAUCUGACAUGACACUUCCAGAUGAUCUUCUUGAUGCAAUCAUUGACAAGACAUUUGCAGAUGCUGAUUGCGACAAGGAUGGUAGAAUCAGUAGAGAAGAGUGGAAGGAUUUUGUGAUUCGAAACCCGAACCUCUUGAAGAACAUGACUCUUCCUUAUUUGAAGGGCGUGACACCAGUAUUUCCAAGUUUUGUUUUAAAUACAAUUUUGGAAGAUUGA